AUGCCUUCUAUCCUGCUCCUCGGAAGCGGCUUUGUGGCCCACCCAACGCUCUCACACCUCGCUCAGCGAAAAGAAAAUCAAAUCACCGUUGCUUGUCGCACACUCGCAAAAGCACAGGCCUUCAUCCAAGGCGUUGCCAAUACCAAAGCAGCUGCUUUGGAUGUGACGGACGAAGCGGCUCUCUCUAAAGCUGUGUCGGAGCACGAUCUCGUCAUCUCCCUCAUCCCUUAUGUACACCACGUCAAAGUCAUUGAAGCUGCCAUCAAGCACAAGAAGCACGUCGUCACCACGUCCUAUGUCUCUGAUGCGAUUGCAGCAUUGGAUGAGAAGGCUAAAGAGGCAGGCAUCACCAUCAUGAAUGAAAUCGGUGUGGAUCCUGGUGUCGACCACUUGUAUGCCGUAAAGACCAUUGACGAGGUGCACGCACGUGGCGGCAAGAUCAAGUCCUUCUUGUCCUAUUGCGGUGGCUUACCGGCUCCUGAAGCAAGCAACAACCCACUCGGUUACAAAUUCUCUUGGUCAUCGCGUGGUGUAUUGCUAGCGUUGCGAAAUGCUGCCAAGUAUUACAAGGACGGCAAGAUCGUAGAGGUUGCUGGCCCUGAACUCAUGGGUGAGGCAAAGCCUUACUUCAUCUACCCGGGCUUUGCACUUGUCGCUUACCCGAACCGUGACUCGACGCCAUACAAGGAGCGCUACAACAUUCCUGAGGCAGAGACGAUUAUUCGUGGUACACUGCGGUACCAGGGUUUCCCAGAGUUCAUCAAAGCGCUCGUGGAUAUCGGUAUGCUUGAGGAUGCACCACUCGACUACCUCUCUGCCAAUGCAGCAGAGAUGAGCUGGAAGGAUGUCUUUGCCAAAGUGAUUGGUGCGUCAUCGACCUCGGAGAAGGAUAUCGAGUGGACAAUUGCCUCUAAGACGAAAUUCAAGUCGACUGAGGACAAGAACCGCAUCUUGGCAGGACUCCGUUGGAUUGGUCUGCUCAGUGAUGCACCGGCCCCUAAAGCUGGUAAUGCCCUGGAUGCACUGUGUCAAACACUUGAGGAGAAGUGUCAGUUUGGCGAAACAGAGCGAGACUUGCUCUUGUUGCAGCACAAGUUUGAAAUCAUCAACGCUGAUGGGUCUCAGGAAACACGAACGUCGACAUUGUGUGAUUAUGGUACGGUGGGUGGCUACUCUGCUAUGGCCAAGCUGGUUGGCGUGCCCUGUGGCGUAGCUGUUCAGCAAGUCCUGGACGGUGUCAUUAGUGAGCGUGGUGUCUUGGCUCCCAUCAACAGCAAGAUCAAUGGGCCGCUCAUCAAGGAUCUCAAGGCACUCGGUAUUGAAUGCAUUGAGGAGGUUGUCGCAUAA